CAAAGAAAGAUGUUGUAUCUGCCGAAAACUAAAAAAAAAUAAAUAUUAAAAAAUUCUCUAAAAAAAAAACAUCAGUACGAAGUCCCAAAGCUGGUGUUUGCUCCUGAGUCAGGACAGCUAAGAAGGAGUGCUCCGAGCCGCACCCUACCCUGCACAUGGCUGUGACCUCACCACAGCCCCACUUCCUCCAUCUGUACCCCUUUGAGCUGCCAAUUUAUGAGCUGGUGGGGGUCAGUCAUUCAGUAGCUAAUCCCUUAGACAGGUGUCCACCCCCACCCCGCCCAAUCACCCCUAAACAGGAAAAGCCAGGGAGCUUUGGAUCAGAUGGGUUUUUCAAGGUUUGGGAUUAGUGCACUCAGAUUAAGCAAGGUUUGGGAAGGCACAGAAAGGAACAUUUGUUUGGAAGGUGCUAGAGAAUCUAUGGCCCUUGCUGGGAAAGGCUGACAGAGUGAGCUGGGGAUAGGCCACCCCACACCUCUGCUCACAGUUCCACCACCCCUGGCCUGGGCUUCCAGAGCAUGCAGCCCCACCCCUCACCAGAGUCCUGGCACCAAAGCCACACUGUGGGACCAGCCCCCUGCCUACCCCUCCCUCUCCCUCAGGUACCCACCAGGCUGGUCCUUCCCAGGAUCCUGUCCCUGGCCCUCCUGGUUUACAAUGCCAGCUCCCUGGUAGGCUCAGUCAUGAAGUGGGUCUCUGGGUGGCCUUCCUGGAGAGGAGGGGACCUGGGCUGUGCCUGAGCAGAAGGCUAGGGCCAACAUUGGAGGGCUAGAAGGCAGAGAAGCAGGGCACGUGUCUGUCAGGCAGCCCCUUGGCCCAGUGGCUGCCAGGACUAACUGUCCCCAGCUGCCACACACCCAGCCCUUCCCACAGGAAACAUGGGGCUGGGAGGGCGGGGUUGAGUGGAAGCAGCUGGGCUAGGUGCUACAGGGUGCAACUGGAUAGGGAGCUUAUCGCAGUGGGCUUCCUCAGAGGCCAGCCAGCCAGCUGCCCCAGGGCAUCUGGGGGGCAUAAAAGUCCCUCUGGCAGAAGCUGCUCCACCUCUCCUGUCCUGCUGUAGCCCCAGAGGAUCUGACACGAUGCUGCAGACUCUGCUGAUCAGCUCCCUCCUUGUCCUGCUCAGAAUGUCCCUAGGUUGGGCCCAGGUCCCCAUCCAGGACAACUUCGAUGCUGUUAAGUUCCAGGGCAUCUGGUACAUAGUCGGGGCUGUGUCAGAUGACCAGAGCUUCCAGGAUUCCAAGGAUGACAUGAAGAUGCCCAUGGUUUUAGUGACCCUCUUGGCCAAUGGCGACCUGGAUGUCAAGUUUGGGUACCCCACGCCGGACGGUGGGUGCCAGAAGAUAGACACGACCUUCAGCAAGGGUGCAGUGGAUGGGCAGUUCAGCAACCCAGCUAUGGCCCAGACUGACAUCCGCGUGCCUUUCACGGACUACAAGAACUUCGCCGUGGUGUACUUCGAGACGCAGAAGGGGGACGUGCGGAACGUCUGGCUGCAGCUCUACGUCCGCGUCCCGGAGCUGUUUCCUGAAGGUGCCCAGAAGAUGCAGCUACUGGCACCCCGUGUGGGCCUGAAUCCCAGCCAGGGCGCCAUGCUACCCAAGUCGGACCAGUGUGCCGCGGUGCUCUCCCAGGUGGGUGCCCAGAACCCUCCAAGCCGCGGAGCUGAGCCGUGCAGCUGAGCCGCCCUGCAAGGCAGGCUUCACUGCAGGGCCCUCCCCCGGGGUAGUCUCCCGAGUCAAGUCCCCCGACUCACACUGACAGCAGUGGAUGGGGAGCGUGGGGCCCAGGAGGGCCCAGAGGGCCUAAGACACCAGGCCCACAGCUGCUCCUUCUUUUGCAGUGAAGGAUCCAGCCGGAGUGCCCGCAGGGCUCUUGCCCCGUUUCUCUCCACAGCCCCCCAAGCACAAUAAAUGGUGUGUGAAAGCCA